CGCUGCGACCCCCAGCCUGCCCAGGACGCCCACGGCCACGACCGGCGGGAUCCGGGCCACCCUGACGCCCACCGUGCUAGCCCCCCGCCUGCCGCAGCCGCCGCAGAACCCGACCAACAUCCAGAACUUCCAGCUGCCCCCAGGAAUGGUCCUUGUGCGGAGUGAGAAUGGGCAGUUGUUAAUGAUCCCUCAGCAGGCCCUGGCCCAGAUGCAGGCUCAGGCUCACGCCCAGGCCCAGCCUCAGAGCACCAUGGCGCCCCGCCCGGCAACCCCCACAAGUGCCCCUCCUGUGCAGAUCUCCACCGUGCAGGCUCCUGGCACACCUAUUAUUGCACGGCAGGUGACCCCAACUACCAUAAUUAAGCAAGUGUCUCAGGCCCAGACGACGGUACAACCCACUACAGCCCUGCAGCGCUCCCCAGGGGUGCAGCCUCAGCUUGUCCUGGGCGGCUCUGCCCAGACAGCCUCACUCGGGACGGCAACAGCUGUUCAGACCGGGACGCCUCAGCGAACAGUCCCAGGGGCAAACACCACCACCACAGCCGCCACGGAAACUAUGGAAAAUGUGAAGAAAUGUAAAAAUUUUCUGUCUACAUUAAUAAAACUGGCUUCAUCUGGUAAACAGUCUACAGAAACAGCAGCUAAUGUGAAAGAACUAGUACAGAAUUUACUGGAUGGAAAAAUUGAAGCAGAAGAUUUCACUAGCAGGUUAUACCGAGAACUUAAUUCUUCACCUCAACCUUACCUUGUGCCUUUCCUGAAGAGGAGCUUACCCGCCUUGAGACAGCUGACUCCCGACUCCGCGGCCUUCAUCCAGCAGAGCCAGCAGCAGCAGCCGCCUGCCUCGCAGGCCACCACCACACUCACAGCCGUGGUGCUCAGCAGCUCGGUGCAGCGCACGGCCGGGAAGACGGCCGCCUCUGUGACCAGUGCGCUCCAGCCCCCUGUCAUCAGCCUCACGCAGCCCACACAGGUGAUCCAGCAGCCUCCGAAGCCAGGAGCCCUGAUCCGGCCCCCGCAGGUGACCUUGACGCAGACGCCCAUGGUUGCACUGCGGCAGCCUCACAACCGGAUCAUGCUCACCACACCUCAGCAGAUCCAGCUGAACCAGCUGCAGCCAGCAGUCCCUGUUGUGAAGCCCACCGUGUUACCUGGAACCAAAGCCCUUUCUACUGUAUCUGCACAAGCAGCUGCUGCACAGAAAAACAAGCUCAAGGAGCCUGGGGGAGGCUCAUUUAGGGAUGACGAUGACAUUAAUGAUGUGGCGUCGAUGGCUGGAGUAAACCUUUCAGAAGAAAGUGCACGAAUACUGGCCACGAACUCUGAGUUGGUGGGCACACUGACGCGGUCCUGCAAAGACGACACCUUCCUCCUCCCUGCGCCUUUACAGAGAAGGAUAUUGGAAAUAGGUAAAAAGCACGGCAUAACAGAAUUACAUCCGGAUGUAGUAAGUUAUGUAUCUCAUGCCACACAGCAAAGGCUACAGAAUCUUGUAGAAAAAAUAUCAGAAACGGCUCAGCAAAAAAACUUCUCUUAUAAGGAUGACGACAGAUAUGAGCAGGCCAGUGAUGUUCGGGCUCAACUCAAAUUUUUUGAACAGCUUGAUCAGAUCGAAAAGCAGAGGAAAGAUGAACAAGAGAGGGAAAUCUUGAUGCGGGCAGCAAAGUCUCGAUCUAGACAAGAAGACCCAGAACAAUUACGGUUGAAACAGAAGGCAAAAGAGAUGCAGCAGCAGGAACUGGCACAGAUGCGGCAGCGGGACGCCAACCUCACGGCACUGGCGGCGAUCGGGCCCAGGAAAAAGAGGAAAGUGGACGGUGCGGGGCCGGGAUCCGGAGCAGAGGGCUCGGGCCCAGGCGCGGCGGUCCCAGGCAGCUCCGGCGUGGGAACCCCCAGACAGUUCACGCGGCAAAGAAUCACGCGGGUCAACCUCAGGGACCUCAUAUUUUGUUUAGAAAAUGAGCGCGAGACAAGCCAUUCACUGUUGCUCUACAAAGCAUUCCUUAAGUAACACAGGAGGAGCACGGUGUUUUUGACGGAGACGCCUGGGGACGUUUUUAUAUAUUUGCAGAUUACGCCUUUUUGUAAUACGCAAAUGGGAUAUUGUUU